AUGAAUUUCCGGUCUCUGCAACAUCUGCGAGUGCCUUUGAGCGCACCGGUUGCCCCUCGCUCCCUUCCUCGCUCCGAGAUCGCUCGGCUCUACGCAACACAGACCGGAGCUCGAUCCAAGAGGAAGAACAUCACAGUCUUGUCAGACGAUGGACGAUACGAAUGGAGUGAACUGACUGGACGAGAGAAAGUUUCACGAGCAACACAACAAUCAUUCAACUUCGUGGUUGUGCUGGCUGGUGCGGCGCUGACGGGCGGUGUAUUUUAUUUACUUUAUACCGAGGUUUUCUCGCCGAAUAGCAGGGUAUGGCAGUUUGAGAAGGCUGUUGAUCGUAUCAAGGAUGAUUCGCGAUGCAUAAAACUUCUGGGAGACCGACGGGAGAUCAAGGCAUACGGAGAGAACACCAAUAGCCGGUGGGCACGGAAUCGGCCUGUUGCGACCACUAUCGAGAAGGAUCGGCUAGGCCGCGAGCAUCUCAGAAUGAACUUCCAUGUCGAGGGCCCUCUGAAUUCCGGCGUCGUUUUCGUGCACAUGAUGAAGCCUUUGGACAAGAGCGAAUGGGAGUACCAGCUUCUUGCUCUGGAUGUGAAAGGCCAUUCUCGCAUCGUUUUGGAAAAAGCACAUGAAAAGCCUAGUGUGGCUAGCUCAUUGAAGCUUUUCGGAAUCCAAUGGCGUUGA